AUGAGGAUUUCUGCUAUUCGUAGAGCAAUUGCUGCUAAAUCUUCUCCUAAUUAUUGUAUUUUUGCUGAUCCAUUCUCUUUAUUUUCUUUAAAUUUUCAUAGCGUGCGCCACAAAGAGAGACUUUUUUCACCUAAUUUCAAAAGAGAUUUGAGCUGUGAAAGCGAAGUAGAUGAAGCAAUUCUCUUGUUUCGCAAAAUGGUUAGAAUGCGGCCGCAGCCCCCCAUUUUUGAAUUCACCAAACAGUUGCAAGUUAUUGUCAAUUUGAAACAAUACUCGGUUGCCCUCAAACUGUUCGACGAAAUGCGUGAACUGGGUGCUCCUGUAAAUGAGUACACAAUGACCAUCUUGAUUAAUUGUUGCUGCCAUUUGAAGCGUGUAGACGUUGGUUUUGCUGUCUUCGGCAGCUUCCUUAAACACGGUUACGAGGCAAAUGUUACAACAUUCACCACCCUCUUAAAAGGGCUCUUUUUAGAUGAUAAAGUGGCCGAUGCGGAAAAAUUGUUCAAGAAGAUUUUGACUUUGAAACUUUGUGAGCCGAACGAUGUUACGAUUCAGCUUACUGCGAUAGAUGGGCUCUGCAAAGCUGGACGUGUUCAUACUGCCCAUGAUUUGCUUUUGUUAUUGGAAAAGACGAUCUAUAAGCCCAAUGUUAAGGCUUAUAAUGCAGUAAUUAAUGGCUUAUGUAAAGGCGGAAUGGUGGAUGAUGCUCUCCAGCUCAAAUCUAGAAUGAUUGACGAGGGACUUUCGGCCACUGUUGUAACAUAUACGUCGAUGAUUCAGGGCUUGUGCGAUUUCGGUAGAUGGAAAGAGGUCAAAGACUUAUUAAAUGAAAUGGUCAAUAACAAGAUUUCCUUAAAUGUUGUUACUUUUAGUAUAUUAGUGGACGCGUUUUGCAAGGAAGGAAAUGUUAAAGAGGCUGAAGAUGUUUUGGAAAUUAUGAAGCGACAAAACAUUCGUCCUAAUAUUUUCACGUACUCUGCGUUGAUAGACGGAUACUGUUUGCAAGGGAAAAUGGAUAAAGCAAAAGAAGUAUUUGAUUCUAUAACGGGCAACGGCCUUAAGCCAUGCAUCGUCACCUAUAACUCUUUAAUCAACGGGUAUUGCAAGAAUGGUAAAGUGGAUGAAGCUUGGCGUCUUUUUCUCGAAGCUUCUUCUAAAGGUUUAGAGUACCUUGAUACAAUUACCUAUACCACCAUGAUACAUGGAUUACUAAGUCAAGGUAGAAACGCUGAUGGAUGGAAACUUUAUAAAGAUAUGGAAGCUCGGCAAGUAAAUCCUAAUUUACGUACUUACAAUACUUUGUUGGAAGGCUUGUGCAAGACUCGUCAGAUUUCUGAAGCGUUUUCAUUUCUAAAGAUGAUGGAAGACAAAGGAGUAAGUCCUAGUAUAGUCACAUACGGUAUCCUGAUUAAUGGUUUGUGCAAAGAUGGGAAACUUGAAGAUGCGAAAAAGCUUUUAAACGAACUUCCUUCCAAAGGGUUGGAACCUAAUAAUCACGUAUAUAAUGUCAUUAUUGGUACACUUUGUGAAGAAGGGUUCGUCAACGAGGCAAAAGAUUUGCUUAUAAAAACGGAGAGAAGUGGUUGCGCACCGAAUAGCAUGACAUACAACAUCAUUAUUCAUUGCUUGUUGAAGAAGAAAAAGUUGGACAAGGCAAUGCCAUUCUUAGAGGAAAUGCACAAAAAAGGAUUCUUUGCCGACGCAUCUACUUCGUCCAUGUUAAUUAAUCACCUGCAAGGGUCCAAGAAAGAUGAUGUUCUUUUAGAACUGAUGAAGAAAGUUGUUCCGAAAAUAUAA